AUGUCGUCGCCGGCAGCCGACCCUGAUGCAGUUCUGUUCGGCGCUGCGCAAAACAUCAACGGCCGGACUCUGGUGGCCAUAGGCUGGGGCAAUGCAUCGGCCUCGUUCAUCUUCCUGCUUUUCCGUCUCUUGAUUCGCUGGCGCCGCAACCGCCGCCUCUUGCUCGACGACUACUGCAUAAUCCUUGGCUGGCUGUGUCUUUUAUCUCUGGCCGUUAUACAGAUGGAGCAGACCGGCCCCAUGUACUACCUCAUCCAUCUCCAAGCAGGACGGUUGAUCCCAACCUCUUUACAAGAGGUGUCACAGCAAACUGAACAAUGGCUGCGGUGGUCUCACGCAAUGAACUACAUCUACUGGACGGGUCUCUGGGCGGUAAAGGCAAGCAUCUUGACCGUCUUCUUCCACCUCGUCAGCCCAGUUCCGGUACUGAGGAAAGCAUGGUAUUCAGUUGCCGCCUUCACUCUCCUCACCUAUAUUGGUGGAUGGGUCACCGGCUCGCUGAUAUGUGACCGCUUUAGCGAUUCCUUCGUGGCAGGUAAGAUCCCAAUGUCUUUUUUGCCCCCGUGGACUGCAGAUGAUCGUCUUCCUCAGCUGAGUUCUGACUCCGCCAUCGUCACAGGAAAAUGCAAUUCGCCAAGUGAGCUCGACCGUGUUCGCUACAGCGCCUACUACGCAGCUGCCGUCGACAUCGCCACGGAUUUGAUGAUAAUGGCUCUCCCCAUCGCCAUGCUCCCAUCGUUGAAACUCGAAAUCAGGAAGAAGCUGGGCCUCGCCGUGGCUUUCAGCCUUGCCCUGAUCACCAUCCUCAUAGCAGUCGUCCGCAUGACACAAGUGAUGAAGGGGCAUACGCUGGACAAGGUCGGACUCUCCAUCUGGAGCAUAACAGAGCUCGGCGUCUCCAUCAUCGUCGGCUCACUGCCGCCCCUGAGGAUUCUCUUUACAAGUGGUUUCAGGAAAUACAACAGAGGCAAAAAGGCCGGCCACAGGUCUUCGGCCAAACAUCGGGACGGCAAUGGAAACAACCCGAAUUCGCCCACAAUCAAGAUGCUUGAGAAAUACGACAAGAACCGCGACGAUGAGCUCCGUCGAGCGAAAGAGGAGCGAGAGGAAGCUUCUCGCAGAGCUCGAGAGGAAGCGAGGGAAUGGGCUGAGGCAAGUACCCCUUCUCAAAGAAUCCGCCAGGAUAUGGAGAGAGCUCGUGAGCAAGCCCGUGCCGAGAAUGAGGCGCGCGCGCGAGAGAGAGAGCGCGAGAGGGAGAGGGAGCGCGAGAGGGAGAGGUCUACUGAGCGUGGACGGCAGCGCAACCGCUAG